CUGAACCGCGUGACACAGCCCUGGCCGUGCAAGCCCAUCCCUUAUAAGAUCUGUUUUUUUCCACAGUGCCGAAAAAAUGGACUAAAUACGAAAAGGCCCCUUGAUUUUCAGAAGCUGUAAACUCUAGGGUUUUACAAGAUUUUAGCUUUCAUACUUCCCUCUGAAAUUCGAUCUCGCAGACUCUCUUUCUUCUUCUUCUUCUCUUUUUCCGGCAGAGGGAAAUGUUUCGAUCUCUGUUCUAUAAAUUGGGAGUAACUCUGAAAAGGCAGCUCAUCAAUGGAGAAUCAUCUUCUUCUUCAUCAUUUGCAUCAACAGCUAAGUAUUAUUUUUUUACAUCACAAAAUCAAAAUGUUCUAAUUAAGAAUUCUAGGGUUACUACUAUCUACCCUUCCUUCUCUACUGCUGUUGCUGCUGCUAGUAAUGACCGAGUUAAAAGAGUGAUGGUCAAUGUAGAGCUUUUCAGAAAUGAAGGUGUCCCUGAAGCUAAUAUUUCUGAGUAUCUAAUUCUACAUCCAAAAUCAUUUACGGCCAAUAGAUUUGUUGAGAUCUUAAGAAAGGUUAAAGGAAUGGGUUUCGAUCAUUUAGAGAGCACAUUUCUUAAAGCUGUUCAUAUGCUGACAAUAAUGAGCGAAGCCAGUUGGAGAAACAAAAUGGAUGUUUACAAGACAUGUGGGGGUUGGACUGAGGAUCAAAUUCAAUCAGCGUUAAGGAAGGAUCCUGGUUGUAUGAAGGCCUCUGAGAAGAAGAUUAUGGCGGUUAUGGAUUUUCUUGUGAAUGAGAUGAGUUAUGAUUCAUCAAUUGUGGCUGAAAACCCAAUAGUUUUUUGUUGCAGCCUGGAGGAUAAGAUUAUCCCAAGGUGUUCUGUUAUCAGGGUUUUAGUCUCCAGGGGUUUGAUUAAGGAAAACAUUUCUCUAGGUACACUUGCUACCUUGGUAGACGAAUCUUUUUUGGAGAAAUUUGUGACAAAAUAUGAGCAAGAGGUUCCUGGACUAAUGAAGGUAUUCGAAGGGAAGUUGAAUUACCAAAAGCUGCUGCAGAAGUGAAGGAACUGCUAAUAUUGGGCAGCGAGAAUUGGGCUUGGUCAGAAUAUACUUUGGUUUUGGGAUUCAGGUCUUUGUGUAUGUGUCCUUUUCUACGGUCUAAUUAACUCCCGGGUUUGAUUCCCUCUCAUCUCCUGUACCUGGUUUUCGAUGCAGGGAAGUUGGUUUAAGCUUCCUCUAUUUGCUCAGCGGAUAUUGUUCUUUUCUCUCUCUGCUCUUGCCUCAACUCCACACAGAUCCUUUUACUCCACGUCUAUACUUGGAAUCAUAUCAACUGCUGCCGAGGAGAAAUAGCAGAGAAAAGGGAGAGGUUCAUAUAACCUCCAGCAGGGAACAUUUUGACAGACAUUAGCAAACUCUUUACAGAAGCUGUACAUUUUUUUUUCUUUCAGGUUAUGUAUUUUAAAACAUAGUGAUAAUUGGCAUCUUGGUUUAGCAAUUUUUUGAGAGAUCUCAUAAACCAAGCGACGAGAUUGAAGUAGAAAGAGACGAGGGCUCCUGACAAUGAUUAAGCUAAUUGUUUCUGUCAGGGUUUGUGUAUGUUACUUCUGUUUAUUUCGUUAUUAUUGCGCAACUCGUGGAACCAGCCACUGCGCAGAUUAUCCGUAA